CACUUUUAUUACAUCAGCAUGCUGAAGUUCACAUUAUGCCCUAGAAGAACCUCCAGAAAGUCCUACCAGAACUAGAACUUUGUGUUAAAUAACUCAUCAGGGUUUCAGAGACUAUCUUUCAGAGUGAACCGCUGACCUUCAGCAGUUUCCCACCACCACAUCAGUGCCUCAAUUUUGCAGCUGUGAUCCCGGGGAACCAAACAUCCAAAACAUCCGUCAUCCCGGAUAAAUUAUUCAUAACAGAGCUGCCACGGAGACGGCAGGACUGAUGCAUUUGUUUUGCUUGUCCCAUCACUUCCCCUCCGCUUGCCUCUCAACAUCUCAGAGACUCUUAUGUUCGGUGCACAACGGGGACAACAGGGUGACAACGCCUCUCCUGCUGCUCUCCUCCUUCUCUCUCAAACAAAACUUUCAACAUGAUAACCCGCACUGAUCUGCCUAAAUCUAAUGCCAGUUUGUUUAUUUCAGCUGCAGCCGGUGCAUUAGGAUUUCCUGGAGAUCUGGAACUUGUUUACAAGAAUGGAUCUGCGGUUUCUGCCGGCUUUGCUGCUGUUUAACAAAGCUGUCGCCAAUAAAAUUUGAGAUCAGACGUAGAACUUCCUUUGGGAGGGCUCUAACGCGGCCCUGCUCUGCCGUUACUAGCGCAACAUUUAGGGCUACACAGCAGACAUGAGUCUAACAUGUUGCGACACACAUGAAGCGAAGCUAUGCAAGGUGUGGUCGCAUUAAGUUUCAUGUCAGAAUACGUUCAUCUCUCCUUUUUCUGACACAGGCGCAGAAUAUUAGACAGUGAUGCCAUAAUGCCAAUAAUAUAUCUUGCAAUAACAGAAGCAAAAAGAAAGAUGCAACGUCAUUUUCUUGAGACAUGCAACAUUUAGCACUAAUUGAACGACUUUUCCUGCAGCAAGGUGUGACUUUAUAUAACUGUCAACAGUUUCAGGAGAAGCUUGACGAUCCAGAAAAUAUCCUCUGGUCCCUCAGGACUUAACUGCAUGCAUUUGAAUAAUAAAAUGCAAACUAUGUCACUCCCGGGCGAAAAACCUCAAGUAAAUACCAUCCUGGACGAAGAGUCAACACAAUCUAUUGUUUAGCUUCGAGGGUUGGAUGGUUGCGGUGUCUGGUUUUCUUUUUCAAGCAACAGGGAUACUAAGAAAUGCAGAAUCUGACUUAAACACACAGAUAUGUGCUCUAUUCUACACCAUCUGUGUAGAAAUUCACAUGGUUUGUGAAUGUGUUGUCAAGACUUUAUCCAGCUUCCGGCAGGCUCUCUGAGAAACAGACACUUAUUCUACAUGGGCUCACCAGGGGAUCUUUCAGACUGUUUUCCACCACUGGAAAACAAUAAAAGGGAACGAAGCAGGAAAGCUGUCAGGAAAUAUAAAACUGUCAAGCAGCUUUGUUUGCUAUGAUGCAGCGCCUUGCAAAAGUAUUCACAUCCCCAUAACCCUUUUGUUUUAAACCUUCUUAGCAUCUAUACAUAAACUGCGGUGUACUAUAUCAGGAUUUUAUGUGACGAUCCAACAGAAAUACUGCACAAUUGUGAAGUGGAAGUAAAAAUAAUCCUCGUUUUCACCCCCCCACCCCCGAGGGUAAAAAGCAGGGGCCAGCUGCAUUGUGUGAGAUGGUAUUUGGCAAAAAACUGAUAUGCGGAGGCACUUCAUCGGUCACCCCCAAGGCUGAGGAGCCUCUGUGGCUUCUCUGAUAACAGACACCCACCCCCCCUCUACACACACACACACGCCCACAGGAACGGACGCAUUAACAACAUACAUAAUAAUUUUUUUUUUUGUCAUUGUGCAUUAAUACACUAUCUUAAAUGAUAACAUCUCAUGCGUCAAGAAACUAUCCAAAUAGUAAUAAUAAAAACAAUCUGAAUUGGGGCAGAGAUAUAAAAAGAGGUUAGGUCAUCACUUGUUUGGACCAGUAAUCUAUUUUUCUUCCAUAUCUUCUGUCGUAUUAAACAUGUUUUCAUUGUAUGAUUGUUUUCUGUUUGGGAUACUUUGCGUUUCCACAGCAUUAUGUUGCCAUCACCGUGCUUCAAAGUGAAGAUGGUCUAUUCAGGAUGAUGUACAGAAACCUGGAUAGGAGUGGAAAGAGAGAGAUUAUUUACUGAUUUAAUUUUGCUAACGAAUAUUGUGUUUGAAACUUGUACAUUCUUUGUACAUAAGUUUUGUAUUAUUACAGUGGACUUCGAUAUGGUCUUUGACUAGACCUUUAAACCCCAUUUAUAUGUUGAAAUUUAAGGUAUGGAAUAAUCUAUAGCAACAGGUUUUCUUCCUCAUAUGUCAACUCCGAUCAGCUUCCCUGAAACAUGUUGUGACAUCAACCUUCAGGAAUUCACUCAUUAUUUAAUAACCUCUCAUGUCAGUUGUUGCGUUGAAUCAUAUGAAGACGGGUGUGUCUCCCUGUUUCACCUGCAUUGGAGUGAGAGGAAGGCUCCCUUAAAUUUUUCCACUUUCUUACUCAACCCUAAUUGCUCUCAGUUGAGAGCAAAUGGGACAUCAUGAUGUUUCAGGUCUGCCUUUUUGAAAGACAGAAAGCUGUUUUUUUCCUUUGGGCUGAUGGGAAUGAAACUCCUGGGGGCUUCUAGUACUUUUCCCCACGUCGAGGCAACUUUGUAAGUUGCCUCGCCUCCACAGUGAGUCAAUUUAAAGGUCUGGGCCUUUUAAACAAGCAUCACUAGCACCUGAAGGCUUACCUGGCUGCAUAUCUUUUCAAGGUGAGUUUUUCUUUCACUAUUUCUGCUGUUUCUCAUCAAACGGGGUUCCACUCGUUCUUAAAUGUUGUCUUGCUGCCAUUUACCUCAACUUUUAGUUGGUGACUUAAUCUUUGUAAUGAAAUCAUCAUUGAAUUUUCAUCAAUGAUUAUUGCCUAUAAUAUUUUUAAUAGAAUUAUCAGUGUCGUCUUACUCACCAGUUGUCAAAUUUUAGAUGAAAGAAGAGAGGAUGGGAAAUGGUACUUGAUAGAUUGAGGUGAGAUAUCAUUAAUCACAUUAAUAAACUGACUUCUUAACGGAACAACAUUUCUUCCCUGAAGCUGCAUAUUUCUUAAAAAACCCCUCAAUAUUUCUUAAAAUCAAAUGUUAUACGUUCUUCUGAGAUAAUGUAAACAAACCAAUCUACCUCAUAGCAGACGAAGCAUUAACAUUUAACUUAAGGAGUUUCCUUAACAUGAAAGUUGUCACUUAAGCCAGUUUUCUUCCACAACCAGGCAGAUAUAGUUGAAUACAGUCACAAAAAUCAUGUCCUAACUCAUACUAAGCUUUUUUGUCACUAUCUCUAAUUGACAAGCAGUAUAAGGACAAAUUUCAACACAAUGUGUUGCAAUCCUGGCUUGUGGUGGUGGUUUGGAACAAUGCUGGCAGAUUUUGAUGCAGAAAAAAUCUUACUUAUAUGGUAUGUUGCUGAAAUGAAAGCGUACUAAUUGUGAUGCAGGUCUGUGGUGAUGCUGUUGUAUUCUUUUGCUCACCUCAGAGUCACUGAGGCUCCAGUCGCUAAUAAUCCUUUUUACAGGCAUAUUUUUCCAUACAUUAAGCCGUAUUUGCAUGUUGUUCGAAUAAUGACCCACGUUUUAUGGGAUGUUGUUGCAAUUUUACAGUCUUUGUUUUAUUUUACAGACUCUUCCAAACAACCUUGUAGCAGAAAUAAAAUGGAGGACCCUUGGCAAAAGGCUUAUGACUUUGCAGUUGCUGUUGCAAAAAAGGCUGGAGAGGAAAUUCGAAAAGCUGGCGAGAGUGAAAUAAGAGUGAUGACCAAGAGCUCUACUGUGGACCUUGUCACCAAGACUGACGAGAGGGUAGAGAAAAUCAUCAUUGGGUCUCUAAAGCAGGAAUUCGGAGAAGGAACACACUGUUUCAUUGGGGAAGAGUCUGUUGCAAACGGUGAGCCGUGCAUCUUGACCGACAAACCUACGUGGAUCAUCGACCCAGUAGACGGCACCACAAACUUUGUGCAUGGGUUCCCAUUCGUGGCAGUUUGCAUUGCCUUUGCUAUCAAUAAACAAUUGGAGUUUGGUGUUGUGUACAGCUGCUUGGAGGACAAGAUGUAUAAAGCAAGGAAAGGGAAGGGUGCAUUCUGCAACAAUGAACCCAUUCAAGUUUCUGAUGUGAAAGAUAUCCACAAGUCCAUUAUCAUUUCUGAACAUGGAAUUGAUAGGAGUCCAGAGAAAGUGACCAAAAUCCUUUCCACCAUGCAAAGGAUUCUGUGCAUCCCAGUUCAUGGGCUCCGAGGGUCAGGAACAGCUGCUACCAACAUGUGUCUAGUGGCAACCGGGGCGGUGGAGGCCUUCUUUGAGAUCGGGAUCCACUGCUGGGAUAUCGCUGCUGGAGCAGUAAUAGUCCAAGAAGCUGGAGGAAUCCUUCUGGACGUUGAUGGCGGGCCAUUUGACUUGAUGUCUGGAAGAAUGGUCUCAGCAAACAACGAUGUCAUUGCCAAACGGAUCAUCAAGGAAAUUGAAAUAUUCCCCUCAGCGAGGGAUGACGCACCAAUUGAGGAAAAAUGAGAAGAUUUUUAAAGGCUGGCUGCUCUGAAUUAGCACAUGGACUGGAAAAUGAGAACAUGAGAAAAGUAUGUUUUCUACAUGCGUAAAUGAAGUUACUAUACCACAGUCAUUCCUGAUUGUCUAAGUGUGAAAGCUUGGCGUGAUUUGUUGGUAGCAUAUUUUGCCCAAUCAUAUCAUUUUACUCAUCAUUUCAAGCUUGCAUUAAAUUUGAUUGCCUCUCUGUUUUGUGUCUAUCAAAUAUUUUGAUUAAAGAAGGAGAUGGUUGUAGUUUUGAUUUUACCAAUCUUGUAUUUUAUCAGUUUUUUUGUUGCUGACUAACCAUGUUUCACUUUGCUUUGACAAUAAAACCUUUAAUCAGCAAU